UCCAUGUGCACAGCCCAAUACAGCACCGAGUACACAGAUAGACAGCUGGGGCUAAAGCCCCGAGUUGCCCCCAGUAUAUAACGUGUCCUCUAGGUUUUAUCAAUCUGGGUAAAUCUUGUUAUGGCUUCCUGGUGUUAUUGACUUGUUGCUAUGGGUCGGAGAAAACCACAUAGAGAAGGAAGACCCUCUAGGGAAAAAGAAUCUCGUUUUAAGAAAACUCCAAAGAGCCUGGAUACGUUUACCAGUGAGGUGCACGAAGCUUUAAAUGCCAGCAUUCAGGACACAACGGCAGAAAAUGAGGCAACGAUCAAACUUCCUUGUCCACUUGCCAUGUGGGACUUAGGGCAUUGUGAUCCAAAACGAUGUACAGGACGGAAACUUGUCCGAAAAGGGCUGGUCAGGAAUCUGCGCAUCAACCAGAGAUUUGGCGGCCUGGUACUGAGUCCGAUGGGAACCUUAUAUGUAACUCCUGCAGACAAACAGAUUGUAGCAGACAACGGUGUGGCAGUUAUAGACUGUUCUUGGGCUAAACUGGAGGAGACACCUUUUGACAAAAUGAAGGGAGGUCACCCUCGUCUUCUGCCCUUUCUUGUAGCUGCAAAUCCUGUGAAUUAUGGCCGCCCGUGCAAGUUGUCCUGUGUGGAAGCUUUUGCUGCAACUUUCUGUAUCGUAGGGUUCCCGGAACUUGCAACUAUUCUUCUGAGAAAAUUUAAAUGGGGCAAAGUUUUUCUUGAUUUAAACAAGGAGCUGCUUGAGAAGUACAGCACCUGCCAAAGUGUAGAAGAAGUAAAGAAGGUAGAGAGUGACUAUCUAGCUGGAUCCAAUGAUCAAGAGACAGAGGAAAUAGAUCCUUUUGAUGUUGAAUCUGGAAGAGAAUUUUCCAAUCUUAACAGAGACAUCAGAUCAAAUGGAAUGAGACACGAUGAUGAUGACGAUGAUGAUGAUGACGAUGAUGACGAGACAGAAGAGGAGGAGGAAGAAGAAGAAGAAAACGGUGAAGAAAAUACAGAUGAAAAAGAAAGUGGAAAGAAUGAAGCUGAAUCAGGAGAGGAAAGUGAGGAAGCCGAAGCGGCAGCCGCCAAACCUGUUAUUUGGAAAGGUGUCAAAAAGCGACUCAGAGAUUAGUGGGUCUGACCUGCAGCUCACAGAAUUAGCAUAAGGAAGUGCAUAUUAUUGCUUGUGCACACCUCGUCAAAUUAAAGGGACACUCAAGUCAAAAUUAAACUUUCAUGAUUCAGAUAGAGCAGCAAUUUUAAGCAACUUUCUAAUUUACUAAUGAUCAAUUAUUCUUUGUUCUCUUGGUAUCUUUAUUUGAAAAGGCUGGAAUGUAAUCUUAGGAGCCAGCCCAUUUUUGUUUCAGCACCUGGGUAGCGCGUGCUGAUUGGUGGUUACGUUUAGACACCAAUCAGCCAGCGCUACCCAGGUGCUGAACUAAAAAUGGGCCGUCUCCUAAGCUUACAUUACUGAUUUUUUUAAAAAAAAAAAUACCAAGAGAAAGAAGAAAAAUUGAUAAUAGGAGUAAAUUAGAAAGUUACUUAAAAUUGCUGCUCUAUCUGAAUCAUGAACGUUUAAUUUUGACUUUACUAUCCCUUUAAAUGUAAAGGGAUGUCACUGUGCAAACCAUUUAUGUUGUGUGGUCAGUACUAUGCAGAGAGUGCGCACCUUACUAUUGCAAGACAGCUGCCUGUAUUAUUUCAUUUGCAAAUGUCAGUUUUUCACCCAGAAAAUAAAUUAAAUUAUUGAUUGUCAA